ACGAGCGACGGAGGGAUACAGGGAGAACAGCAGGUAGCUAGUGGGUCCGUUUUAUCCCCAAUGAUUUAAUCAUGUAAGGGAUUGAAGGAACCUUUUUUAUCAAAAUGAAGUCGGAUUUUAUGGGGAGAUAGUUGCUACCGAGGCGCCGCGCAGGCUGCUGACGGGGAGGAAUGCACACUGGAGGUCAUUUUCCCGGACUGGGGAGGUGGGAGGCAACGGCCCCCGCAGUGUUGUGAGGGAUAUUGUUAGCUAGCUAGCGAAACAGAAGGACUUCCGGUUGAUAUUUUCAAAAUAAAAAAGCUCCGACAAGAGCGGGAUUCGUUUCACUGAAGUUCUCGGGAGAAAAUUUUACUUACAUGCGUGAACUUAUCAAAAACGAAUCCGCAGUGGGUUUAUGAGUAUGCUGCAACGACUCGUGCUAUUUAUUCUACAAACACGCAACAUCGACACACUUGCUGCUUUUACUUUGAAGUGGAAUUUACCGCAUCCCCUGUCCAAUUGUCGUUAGCUCUUGCUAGCUUGACACAUACAAGAAGGGGUGAAGUUACAAAGCCUCAGACCAAAACAAGACUUCUCAUCUUGUGGUGGACAACGCCGCCUUGCUAUGAAUGGGACCUACCUCGUCUCACUGUGUUUUUUCCGAGUCAAAUGCCUUUUAAACUGGAGGGCCUGUCGGUUAUCUGCAGUUGGAGCUCCAGUGGUGGAAAAUACGGUACGUUUGAAUUAGUAACGGUUGGGAUAUUUCAGCGGAUGCACUCUAACGAAAAAUCCCUGAUUUCGAUGUCAACUUCUGUCUGUGGUGCUCACUUGUGAGGUUUGCGGUGAAAGAUCAACAUGUACUGUCAACCAUUGAAAAACAACAAGAGGCUCUUGUAGCUGGAGGAGGAUUACCUGCCCUAACUUUUCCUCCUCCUCCUCCUCACCCUCUUGGGAUCAAUGACCGGACCCAACUCCCCAAGCCGGACCGGCACCACCUCGGCUAAGCUGAGCAGACAUGGCCGGUCCAAGAGCACAAGCUCGCACUGCCUCCUCCGCUGCAGCACCCAGGAGGAGUCCUCCGCCUCCCCCCCUAACAACAGCCCCCGGUCCCCUGGGGACGAAGAGGAGAAGGAUGGAGGGGUUCUUUUUUAUGUGAACAGGACAGGUUUUCCCAUUGAGAGUGUAACCUGGGAAAGGAUGUGGUCCCAUGUGGCUGCUGUGCACCCUGAGGGUCAGGAGAUGGUGGACAGGAUACGAAAUGCUGCAUACCUUCCCAAGCAUUCCGUUCCCUCAGUCCCGACCUUCAAACCGUCCAUGUCGGUUCCAGAUUGGCUUGUGGCCAUCCAGAACUACAUGAAGGCUCUGCAAUACAACCACACAGGAACCCAAUUCUUUGAAAUCAAGAAGAGCCGUCCACUGUGUGGGUUAAUGGAGACAGCAAGAGAGAUGAUCAGAGAGUCUUUGCCAAUCAAAUGUCUGGAAGCCGUCAUCCUGGGAAUCUACCUGACCAACGGGCUGACAUCUCUCGAGCGUUUCCCCAUCAGCUUUAAGACCCAGUUUUCUGGCCACUGCUUCCACCAUGUUGUACUGGGCGUCUACUGCAACGGCCGCUAUGGGUCACUUGGCAUGAGCCGCCGGCAGGACCUGAUGGACAAACCGCUGACACACCGCACACUGGGAGAACUUGUAGCUGAGUUUGAGAGCUCCUACAAAAGAUACCAGCACACUCUGAAGAAGGUGAAGAUCGGCCUGUAUGUGCCUCACGACCCCCACGUCUUUCAGCCGAUCGAGUGGAAGCAUUUGGUGCUGAACGCUGCACGACUGGGAGCCCAGGAGAUGAGGAAGGAACUGGAGAAACACGGCCGAGAUAUGAGGAUGAAGAUCCUUAAAUCAUCCAGUGCGCAGUCACCAAUCAAGGAGCGGAGCCGGGGGAAAUCCUUAUCACCAAGGCGACGGCAGAGCAGUCCCCAGCGACGCUUCACACACCGCAGAGACAAAUCGCCGGCCUCGGUGGAGAGGAAACCUCCGGAGCUUAGCACUCUUAAUGAUGGCUACCAGAUCCGCAUCUGAUCCCCAUCAUUACCUCCCAAUCAUCCAAAAUCCGUCCAGCCUUCUCAGCCACCCUGAUCCUCCUGAAGAGCCUCUACCUGCCACCGCUUUCAAGAGAGGAGUCACUGCAGCUAGAGCGAUUUCACACAGUCAAGGUGGUUGACGAAAACACUAAAACAUGUUAAAAGAGCUUUUCUGAGCUGGAAGCGGAAGAAUAUUUCAGAAGCCAAGACUCAGACAAAAAGUGACUGGUUGUUCUGGUUUUAAUGCCUAACAGUGGACUGUUCAGUAGCAAUGAAUCCUUGACAACAGCCCCAUUAUUUAACACCUGAGAGUGGCUGCUCUUUCUCUUACACAUACAUGUCAGUCAUGUAGCUGAAGCACUAUCCAUCUGAUGUAGGAUAAGCCCAGAAGAAGUGCUAUCAAUGCAUUUCUAGAUUAAGAAGAUUUCAUUGAACUGGUAGGUAGAAAUUAAAGACUGAGAGCUGUCGUGUCCUGACAACAGAUAAAACCAAGUGUUGUGUGACCCCUCAGUGACCUUGUGUCUUAGAGAAGGGCUACAACAGGAAGUGAGAGAGAAGAAAGAGUAGAUAUUUGUCAGCACAAAUGGGUGAACAUAUUUUUCAGUGGUUGAGAGAGAGACCGGUAUCCAUGGUGGAAGAGUCACAAUAAGAACAUGUUCUGUUUCUCUUCGCACAGAACAGACUAAAAAUAUUUAAAUUUAUUGGGGGUUUUGGCACGUUAUCGUGUUAAAUUAUCAGUUAUCAUGAUGCUACUUCUAUGGCACUAUUUCUUACUGAGAAUUUAAGUCAAGGAUGGGAGCAGCAGUGACUUCACAGGGUUUCAUUUUGUUGUCAGUUUUCCAACAUGGCAGGCCUAGAGGCUACAUGGAGACAUAUCGAAGGAAGGAGGAGGUUCACAGGUGUGGGUGUUGUUAUCCCACUUUAUUCUCACAUCUGCUCAACUACUGCAGCACUUUGGCUUUAAUAAAAAGACCACUGAAGGGAUGUUCAGAAGUAACAUUUCAGUUUCAAUCCGACCUUUCCAAAACCCCCUGAACCAACAGCAACUUAAAUAAGAUGACUAAGUAGACUUCCACAUGCAGAUUCUAUUGAUCAGAGAGGACGAGUGUAGAAUAAGGAGAGGACGUUCAAUAAGGUAUGCAGGGAAAUCAAAGACACAGAGUCCAUAGAGAGGAAAAGGAAGAAGAAGAGAAGAGGUGGAAAGGGGUGAGAAGAGGGAGUUACAUAGAGAGAGGAUUCACUGCAGAACAUCAGUGAACGAUCAUUAGAGCACUGCGGCAAACCUCCUGCCCCCCACCCCACCCCCUUUCUUAUUCCCCUCCUCCUCUGCCCUCUGUUGACACAUAACUGAAUACAUAACCACAGCUCUGUUUCCAGCCAAGUAAAACUCCUCAAACACAAAAAUGUAAAGCCUCAAAUACAGACUCGUGUUGGACAAGGAGUUUACGGUCACAGUAUCUAAAGCUAAAUAUGUAGACAGAAAGGCACUUACUGAUAUUAUAGUAAAAGAGAAGGUUCAGCAUUUUUGUCCACAAAACUAUUGAUUGAGUCGAUCAUUCAAAGUUCACAUUGUUAUUUAUUCAACAAGGUGAUUUCUAUUAUUUAUUAUAGCUUAAUUGUUUGGAAAAAACACCUGUUUGCAUGGGAAUUUAGCUGUAGGCUAAGCUAGCUUGUCCAUCCGUCCAUCCCAUUCUUAUGAACGCAGCAUCUCAAGAAUGCCUGGAGGGAAUUUCUUCAAAUUUGGCACAAGUGUCCACUUGGACUCAAGGCUUAUAAGGUUUUGGCAGUCAAAGGUCAAGGUCAGUGUGACCUUGUGUCCGUUUCCAUUCUUGUGAUCGCAGUAUUUCAGGAAAAGCCUUGAGGGAAUUACUUACGAUUUGGUACAAACUUCCACGUUGACUCAAAGAUGAACUGAUUAGAUUUCAAUGGUCAGAGAUCAAAGUCAGUGUGACCUUGCAUCUGUUUCAUUCUCAUAAAUGUGAUAUUUCAAGAAGGCCUUGAGGGAAUUUCCUCAAAUUUGGCGUAACUGUCCACUUGGACUAAAAAAUAAACUGAUUAGAUCUUGGUGGUCAGAAGUCAAGGUCACUGUGACCUUGUGUUCACAGUGACCUUGACAGCCUUAAAAGGAAUUUCCUUGAAUUUGGCACAAACAUCCACUUGGACACAAGACCAAACUGAUUCAAUUUUGGUGGUUAAAGGUCAAGGUCACUGUGAUCUCGCAAAACAUGUUUUUGGCCACAACUUAAGAAUUACCACAUUAAUUACGACAACAUUCAUUAUUCUUUUUUCUUUCUCAUGCCUUAACUCAACUUGUUGUUGAGAGUGAAAUGUGAAUGAUACAGAAUCAACCACAGUACAGUUUAACAUUAAACAUACCACACAUUGAGAGGUCAAGACAGUUGAUGAAUGAGAGUAUUGUGGAUUAUUCUUAAAAUACUGUGAUCUUGAAAAGGGUACCUUAAAAAGUAUAUCCUGAAAAAUUAAAUCACUAGUUUUUCCAAAACAGGUUAGCAGAAGGCUGUGGGGCUUCGGAUGUGUCAACCAAACUCUGCUGUAGCCAACCCAUGUGUUCACACAGUAAACUAAUGUACUGUUGGCCAGCUGGGUGCUGCCUUCACAGCUGUUCCACCAACAGCUGGAAAAUAAAACAAUUUAGCUGGUCCAAGUUCAGCUGAAGCCAGUUUGUCCACUCAGACAAAAGAGAAGUGAAGGCAGAUGUUGGCUGAGUGAACACUCUAACAAAGGCCUCAUUCAAGACAGAUUUGUCUGACAGAGGGAUACAAUACUCUGCACGCUGUCAGCAGAUAGUACAGGCAGUUGGGACAGUGGGGGCAGGACCUUUACAGGGCUCUAAGAUGAUUGUUGUGGUCACCAAAUGCUCCUGUUAAUGAGAUCUGUCAUGUUUUAAUCUCAUGGAUGAAUGCAUUUUGACUUUUGGUGUAAUACUGAGAAACUGAGAUAUUGAGUCAAAGGACACUGCUCCAGCUCUGCAACAUGAGGGUAGCUCCACUCUGUGUUUGUCAACCUAGAACGUCAAAGAAAGUCAAAAUGUUUUGUUAAAGCAGUUUUCCAAUCAGAAACUCAUAUUUUUAGUUCUUCACAGGGGACAAAUAAGAGUCAGGAAACCACGAAAGUUCUCAGAGCAGCUUGCUUAAUUGUCUUAUUGCUCAGAGAAGCUUCUGUACCGAUGAGAGCCUUGAUGAGAGCAUUCAGUACUGUAUGCACUGCUUCACGCUCGUAUGCGUGAUGUAUCAAAAGGAUUGUCCAAAAAAAAUCCAAUCAAGUCUGAAUUUGAUUGGGGUUUUAUUGUUUGGAUCUUCCUGUUGAGGCCUUCGAUGAUCACAGCUGAGAAGCUUGAAAUCAAAGAAGCUUGAAGUCACACGUCACACAUGUCAUAGUUGGUUUUAACCAGUGAAAUGAUACCAGAGACAAAAGAGUAUUCAGUUGUUAACAGAAACCUUAUAUCGAAACAUAUUCAACACAUGCUGUACUCAGAUACAGUACUGUAUAUAUGUUUGUACGUCAAAAUGCAUCUAGAUUAAGUCAUGUUUGUUACAUCCACAGAAUGUACUGUACAGUGUUAAGCCUUCAGACUGAGAACUAUAGAAGUCCGUUUUUAUUGAGAAAGAAUGUGUUGACGAGUACAACCAGCUCUGUUCACAGAAUUAAGGGGUUAAGUUCGUUGCUCAAUGAGAUUUUGAGGGCAGCUAUUGAGUAAAGACAAAAGAUUAAAUCCAUGAUUUAAAAAAAAAAAAAAGCAUUAAAGGCUAGCUCUUUCUGCUACAUAGAACCGAACAGACAAUACAACUGUCUGCCUUUAGCAUGACUGAAAAAACCCAACUGAUUUCUAUAGUUUUCAUCUGAAGGAUUAACUCUCAGAAAAAUGGUGUUUCCUAAAAUCAAGCUCAGAGAUUAUCUUUUUUCAAUUAGGCUGCACGCGGCAACAUUAGGUUUCUUGACGACCAAAGCUAGCAAUGAUCGAACACCCGUAAACUUCUACAACAAAGUAACAUAACUCCUUACUUUAACUUCCAGCUGCUACAAACAAAAACAGCAACUUAUUUUAAAGGCACUCUGUAAAGUUUUUGGCCACUAGUAGUGCUGUGGAGCAAUGUUUUUAAAAGUGGGUGCUUGUUUUGUUAGUAUCUCAUGUAUGCUAACUAUUAUGUGCCAAGGAAUGCCAACAAAGGCAGGAAGGCUGCUAGCAAGCCAACAGGAUGUUAACUUUGUGAUUUAAAGUGAUGUCAAAGGGUGCAGUUUUAACUUCACACCUAAUGGAACAAAGAUAAUCUUACAUAUCUGUAAAGUUUAGGGGAAAACACUCCUCAUUUUACUUUUGGUGUUUUGGUCACAUCAGUCAUCAGCAGGAGGGUUUCAGGAGUCUGUGUACAGAUUGUUUCUGAAUAUUGUCAUUUGAUUGUUUUAACACUUUCCUUUGAAUGUUUCACAGUGUCUUCUCGCUCACAGAACAAGUAUGUUUUGUUGCCAACUGAACGUUUUAUCCUAGCUUUUUGUUCCAACAACGAGCUAUGCACACGCCACAUGGAGAGCAGGUGAUGACAAAAAUCCUAGUCUUCCAAUUGAAACAAUGGAGGAGGAAGGUGUUUGUGGCUCAAUCUUCAAAAAAAAUCUAAAACAUCUGCACAGAAAAACAAAUCUUGGUUAUUAAGAAUAACUCGCCAAGAACCCACAGCUUUCCCUCUGUGCAGCUCCAGCCUGAGCCAUUACCACUGAAUCAAGGUGCUGUGAGAAAAAAGCAGAAUAUUUUUACAUAUUUCUGAUGUUUGGCCAGCAGUGGAUCAUAGCACAGCCCAGAGACAGAGAUCUGACACUCUGGCACAAAGCAACCAGCUCACCAUGUUAAUAUUUGUAUUGAAGCUUCAGUGUUGAUAACUUUCUAAAGGCUCGAUGUUUGUUAGCAUACAGACGAAGCACAACGCUACUUUUGCUUUUUGAGUAUUCAAAAUCCUGUUUCACACCGGGGUUGUGGACGAAACAAGACGGGGAAUUGGUGCAUUUUCACACUGAAGAAGCAACAUAUCUUGGAGUACAUCUUUCAGGAAAGACGAUUUUCUGACAUGUGUUUUUGGAACUAUACAAAACGGAGAUUCAACAGUUACCAAGGACCUAAAGCUCACAAAUAUCUCAAUGCACAAAUUAUAAUGGAAACUUUGGAUUUAAAGACAAACAUCAACACUGCAGUUGUAAGGAUUUGACCCAACUGCAGUGACAAGCUCCCUGACUGCUCAGCAGGGACACGGGAACUGCGACAAGUCACGACAAAAUACAACAACCCCAAACAGUGAUACUCAAUGUAGCAACUGAAAUCUGUUUGUAUGUUUGUUUGCAAUAGAGACGUUUGUGCUUGACGGUUUUAUUGAAUGUUUUGUUUUUGUUUUUUUUAAUAAGAUUCUGUUUGUGGUUUAACUUCUUGAAGACAUUUGGGUUUGAUUCAUUGAUUGUACACUAUCAUUUUGAAUGAGACCAUUUGUUUAAAAAACAAAAAAAGAACAGUAGUGUAGCUGAUGUUCUUUUUUUAUGGCCUUUGAUUUGUUUCCAAAGUGCUGAUACCACAUUUCUCAACUCCAUCCUGGUCCUGAUCUUUCUGUACUGUAAAAUGUACUGUGUGUUUGGAAAUCAGUGAUUAAUGAGGAAACUUCUUGAGGCUCUGCUGUGGCUUGCAGCAAGCCCACCUGUGUAACUUCAUGAGUUUAACAUGAGUAAGUUCUAUAAAAACUUUACACACUGAGGUUGCUCAUCAGUUAAAUCUCAAAGUUCCCCACUACAUAUGAUAAUGAAAUUGUAUUUGUGCACUGUGUCUGCUGAAGUGACAAAAAAAAAAAGCCGAACCAAAUUCAGAGCAACAUAUCUCGACGAUGUUUGACAUAUAAAUAUUUAUUAGACAUUAAAAAUGUCCGUGUGAAGCUUCCAGUGCCUCAGCAGUGUGGGUUUAAUCAGAUAAGACUAUCCUUAAGUUUUGACUUUGUGUCUUUGGUGUGUUGUUCGGAGGAGUUGCCCAUGUGCAUUGUGCAAAAAAAAAACUUACUGAGUCUGUCAGCUAUCCGCUUCUGUUCUUUAUUUUCCUGAUCACACAUGCUCUGAAGUUCUUGACAAAAAAGAAAAUGUUUUGUUGCAGUUUUUUGCCUGUUUCUGGAAACAAUUUCCGCAUUGCGAACAUUUAAAAGCAGACUGAUCUGCUCUGUGCUGCGAAGAACAAACUCUCAAAUCUGAGGCGGCAGAAGACGAGCAAAAAAUCAGUGUGAUGUGUGUGUGUGUGUGUGUGUGUGGAAAUCAAACCCCAAACCACUGUAACAGUAUUUAAACGUCUUCAACUGUGAGUGACUUUAAUAUGUGGAAACACCACAGAGCCCUGAGGAGCCCACACACACAUACACACUAUAAUUAUUAUGAUUAUUGUUUCUAAAGAGAGCUGUUGAGGUUCCCUGUGUGAGGACGUGGUGUGGUUUUGUAUUCCUGUGGAGCUCUAUAGUAGGAGAAGAUGUGACCCUCAGUAAAUAUUAUUAUGUAACUUUCCUACUGUUACAGUAUCAGUGGUCUGACAGCAGCUGUUUCUAUCAACAACUGUAGCAGCAUGUCUUCUUUUAAUAAAUGAUC